AUUUAAUUUCGUGUAUUGCAUGUACACAGGCUUAUAUAUCAAUAAUUAAGGAAAAACAAGCAUACCACGGUGAUCUAGAACGAUAUGUCGAAACGCGGGCUGGUAGAAAGAUUAAAAAAUGGAGAAAAUGUAUUGAUUGCCAAUGGAUAUAUGUGGGAGUUUGCCCGCCGGGGAUACCUAACGCUUGGUGGAUACGUACCAGAAGUGGUGAUCGAACACCCCGAAUUGGUAACACAGCUGCACGAAGAGUUUGUUCACGCCGGAACUGACGUACUGCCUGCUUUCACCUAUUUUGGACAUAGAGAAAAGAUGCGUUCGAUUGGAAGAGAAGCGGAAGUUGAAUCCUUAAACAGACAGGCUCUCAGAAUUGCCAGAAAAGCGGCUGAUCAGACAGGCUGUCUUGUAGCUGGCAGUGUUUGUCAUACUCAAGUCUACUCUGUUAACGAUCCAGAAACACACGAGAAAAGUAGAGCAAUAUUUAAGGAGGUUAUAGAGUGGGCAGUAGAGGAGGGGGCGGAUUACAUCGUGGGGGAGACGUUCUCAAUCUUUGAGGAAGCUAAGCUGGCUCUGGAGUGUAUCAAACUAUAUGGCAAAGGUCUCCCUGCUGUUAUCACUUUGAGUGCUCAUAUACCGGAUCAGACGGUGGACGAUGUCCCGAUACCGGAAGCUUGUCGUCGCUUGGAGGAGGCCGGGGCGGUUGCAGUAGGAUUGAACUGCUCUCGGGGUCCUAAAACCAUGAUUCCACUCAUUCGAGAAAUUAGAAAAGUUUGCAAGGGCCCCAUAGCUGCAAUACCCGUGCCUUUCCGUUGUAAAGAUGACUGCCGCACAUUUUAUUCCUUCAAAGAUGAAGAAACAGGAAAGUUUCUCUAUCCAAAUAACCUUGAAUGCAAAAAAUGUUCCUCAGAUGAUAUCAGAGAGUUUGCAACAGCAGCUAAGGAAAUUGGUGUGCAAUAUGUCGGCCUCUGUUGCGGAAAUUGCGCAGCUUACAUGCGUGAUUUAGCGGAGGUCUAUGGUCGUACACCGGAAGCUAGUCGAUAUUCCUGUGACCUGUCUCUAUCGUUUGUCUGGGGAGAGAAAAAGGCACUCAAUAAAGUAGCAGAUAAGGAAUUCAUGUAUAUGGUGUACGGAACGGAGAAGUAAAAUAGGAAUUUUCAUAAUAAUUUACCUUUUUCCAUACCUUAAAUCGUUGUGAAAUUUACACAUUAAACAAGUCCUUGAAUUAUUUUAAAAUUUAUAGAAGAGUUUGGCAUUUUUUAGAGGCGAAAAGGCACAUUAGUGAACGAUAUUUGGUGGCUUGCAGGGUCCGCGUUCGAUUUUUGUCUU